GGCCGGGGAGGUGGGAGGCCCGACGGCUUUGUGCUGGCCUCCGUGGGGAGCCUGGGGCAGAGGGAAGCUGGUGGUCCUUUCUCUGCCCAUCGGAGGAGAGAAGGGGCUGAGGGUGAAUCCUGCCACCUAGAAUGGGUCGCGUUGGAGAGCGUGCAGAGAAAGACCAAGUGCAGCCUGAUUCUCCAAGCUCUUCCCAAGCUGGCCUCCGAACCUCGUCGACAGUAGACCCUGAGUCUUCCUAAAACAGAGCUGGAGGGCCCUGGGGAGUCAUCGACCCAUUUCACAGGUCGUCGAUCCUGAAGACGGACGCCUGGAUGUCGGGGGGCCCAUGGCGAGCAGAGUCUUCCCGUCGAGCCUCAGCCAGUCCAAGAUACUGAAGCUAUGGGGGGACAGCAGCACUCUGAAGGGAGUAUUCGAGGCAGGGGACAUGUCAUCAGUAGCCACCAAGCUCCAGGCCACCCUUUACUCGCUGGAGAAUGCCAGGCUGGAUGUAGGCAUCACGGGGGACAUGGGCUCAGGCAAGUCGACCUUUGUCAAUGCCAUCAGGGGGCUGGGAGACGAGGACCCCAAAUCGGCCUACACGGGCGUGGUGGAAAUGACGGUGGGGCCCACGCCGUACGCACACCCGAAGUACCCCAACGUUGUCAUCUGGGACCUGCCGGGCAUUGGCGCACCCACCUUCCAGGCUGAAAAAUACCUCCAGCGGGUGCUGCCAGCCCGUUACGACUUCUUCAUCAUCAUCAGCUCGGAGAGCUUUGCUGCCCACCACGCCCAGCUGGCCCGUGAGCUCCGGCAGUGCGGCAAACGCUUCUACCUCAUCCGCUCCAAGGUGGACGUGGACAUCGCCGCCUCCCGCAGCCGGCGCCCCAGCACCUUCUCGGAGGAGAGGGUGCUCAGCCAGAUCCGGGAUGACUGCUGCCGGCGGCUGGAGGUGGGGGGCCUGCAGGACCCCAAGGUCUUCCUGCUCUCCAUGUUUGAGUUGGGUAAGUAUGACUUCCACCUGCUGGAGGAGAUGAUGGUGAAGGAGCUCGAGAGCCACAAGCAGCAUGCGUUUCUGCAGGCCCUGCCCAACGUCUCGAAGCCCAUCCUGGAGAAGAAGGCAGCCUCGCUGCGGCAGCACAUCUGGCUGGUGGCCGCGGUGGCCUCUGGCAUCAACCCGAGCCCCGUGCCAGGUGUACGGGAUGUGGCAUGUGACCUACACAUGCUCAUCAACUCCCUGCAAGGCUACCGCUGCAGCUUUGGGCUGGACAAGGACUCCCUUGUCACGUUGGCGGGGCAGACGGGUCAAGCCCUGCACAAGAUCCUGGAGGCAGCACGGGGCCCAGAGACCCAGGUCACCGAGGCACUGGUGGUGGAACGACUGGGCCAGGCCUCCCGGGAUGCCUCUGCUUUCACCCAGGAGCUCCUCAACGUGCCCAUCCUUGGCACCCUGGCCAACUGUGGCAUCUCCUUUGCCACCAUCUACCAGAUGCUCCGCACGUCUCUGGAUGAGGCGGUCAAGGAUGCCCAGAGACUGCUGCUUCAGGCCUUCCUCGACGACUCCGAACACGAGUUCCCAGACAGAUCCAAUCCGUGAUCCCAGCCCUGAGCCUAGGCCAGCUGGAGGUGGCAGCGAUGGACUGGGAGGAUACGGGUUCUGUCCCCAGGCAGGGUGGUGCUGGGGGAGGGAAAGAAACUCAAGCUCUAGCUCUCCUGGACUGAGCCUGUGUGCCGUGUUUGUGGUUUUGAGCUCUGGGUUUCACGCCCUCUUUGGCCACUGCCCCCACCUUCCCUGCUCUGAACCCCCGCGUCAACCAGCAGUCCCCUGGGAUGGAGAAGGAACAGGCAGGACACGGGACAGGUAACCUUUGACAAGGUGGGGAGGAACACCAUUGUCUAGCUAGAGAGGGCACUUUGGAAGGUGUUGGCAUAGGUCAGGGCAGUGGGGCAAAGGGUUCAGAAGCAUUUCCCUAAGAGGACAGUGAAUGUCACAGCUCGGAAACGGCCAGUGAGAAUGAUUGAGGUUCUUGCCUAAGGUCUCGGUCAGCAAGUGGCAGGGCUGGAGCCUGCUGUGGGUCUCCUGCCCAAACCUCAGCCCCUCCCUCUUGGGCUACUCCUGGCCCGUGUUUUCUUCCCCAUGCCCAGGAUUCCAACGACCAGGACACCAGGACUGUGUGGGUAUGCCCAAGGGCAGGAGAAGGCAGGGAGACCAACGGGGUAUGGGGCAGCUGGCGGACAGACUCAGCUGGUGACUGAAACCAGCGGCAUCCGUGAAGAGAGUGGAGCAGCAGGACUGGAGGGUCACGACUAACUGGGGAUGGGUGGGAUGGCCAGACCGAUUUGGAGACAAACUUUGAGAAACAGCAAGCUAAGACGUAACAGAUUGAAACCGAGCAGAUGAGGGCAGGGCCUAUACUGAAGGCCAUGGUGUAUCUGACCGAGGGUCCAUUCUGGAUUUAAAGGUAGAGACUACUUUUCAACAAGAGUAGGUAAGGUCUAAGGGGAAAGGAGGCCUCCAUAUUUAACCAACAGGAGGCAUCGUGUGUAAGGGUAAGGUCCUGUUUGCAUAAGGGUAGAAGCUGUUUCAACUCAGGGUAAAUACUAUGUUGAACUAGAACAUGUCCUACUUUUUAACCACGUACUGAAUUAGGUCCUGCAUUUAACUAGGCAUUUCACCAAAGGCAGGCACUGUCUUCAACUGAACGCAGAGGACAUGAGGGUGCAACUGCAUUUAGCCAAAGGAGGGCAUGGGAUUUUCCUAUCAGUAACACGGAGAUGGGAGGCUUGAUGUCACCCCAGGAAACAGAACAGCCAUUCCUAGGGGCUUCCUCCUCAGCAAAGACUGGUUUCCAUCUGCUCCUGACAACUCUAUGACCUACAGUGGAUGUGUCCCCGUGGGAAGGUCACUCAGGCUCUAAUGGUGGCUAUAGGUAAUGUGCCCCCAAAGGCUGGGACCCCACUUUGUUGCUCCCAUGACAGCUCACCGAGGAGGUAAAGAGAGAAGCA